AUGAUGGCCGACCGGAAGUCCGAUGACCGGGGCUUGGUGCCCCGAAUCUCUGAUAAUCUGUUCCAGCGAGUCUCCAAGCUGUCCUCGGACACUCGGAAGUUUCUCAUCUGCUGCUCCUUCCUCGAGAUCUACAACGAGAUCGUCUACGACCUCCUUGUGCCCCGAGGGAAGAACACACCGAAGACAGGUUUGGAGAUUCGUGAGGGCAAGGGCAUUGGAGUGUACGUCAAGGACUUGCAGGAGAUCGUUGUGGAUUCGUCUGACAAGGUAUUGAAGCUCAUUGACCAAGGCUUCGAGCACCGGGCCACGGCUGCCACUCAGAUGAACGCCACAAGCAGCCGGUCGCAUUGCCUCUUCAUCAUCAAGAUGCACCAGAAGGACGAUCUGAAUGCCGGGAACAAUAACUUCUCGAAAAUGAACCUCGUGGACCUGGCGGGCAGCGAGCGCGCCUCGAGGACUGGCGCGCAGGGCGACACUCUGAAGGAAGGAGCCAACAUCAACAAGAGCCUGUCAGCUCUUGGCAACGUGAUCAAUGCGCUCAGUUCCAUGGCCUCCGGAAACAAGAAGGUUUUCAUUCCCUAUCGGAAUUCCAAGUUGACUCGGGUGCUUCAGGAGUCCUUGGGAGGCAAUGCGCUCACAACGAUGAUGGCUGCACUGUCGCCAUCGAAGACAAACGCAGAUGAAAGUUUGUCCACUUUGAACUAUGCAAAGCGUGCGAAAACGAUCAAGGUGAAUGCCACGAAGAACGAUGAGGCUGAGCAGAUUGCAAAGCUUGAGGAAGAGGUCGAGGCGUUGCGAGCGAAGCUGGCGGAACAAGCCUCAGGGCUUGCAGACACCAGCCGUUACGAGACGCAAAUCCAGGAGAUGGAGAGCUUCAUGAAGCAAACCUGGGAGGACAAAGAGCGCCAGUCCCAGGAGCAUGAGGAGGAGCGCAAGCGAUUGGAACAGGAGGCGCUGCGGAACAUGGAGAGGCUGAAUGAGGAACGAAAGCGGCGGCUACGGCUGCUCGAAGACAAGGGCGACCUGGAGCUGACAGUGCAGGAGCUAAAGGCACUGCAAGGGGGUGAGCGAUGGACGCCUUGCACUUCCGGAUGGCCUACCCAGAUCUCUCGGUUGUUAUCCUUGGAGAACCGGGUUACUGCCCAAUGCCGCGCUGCAACGCUUCUCAAAGAUGCUGUCAUUCAUGACGUCGAGCACUGGUGUGAGAAGAGGCGGCAGGUUCAGGCAGGUGGCAAGGAGGAGGAUGGGGGAGCAGGGCUCCGCAUGCUCCUGCAGCAGGCCGAGAGAAAGGUUGGCACGAUGAUUAGAGAGUUUGAAUCGCUGUCCAAGCAGGAGCAGGAACUGGCGGCCGAGGUAGCGCUGUGGAUGCCGCAGGUUCAAAGGGUUGUGGCAGGAAUUGCCCUUGAGACUUCAGAAGAAAAGGAGGAGAAGACAGAAGAAGGCGGAAAAGAAGCCAGCAACGAGGUGUCCGAGGAGUACAACGAGGUUCUUGGUUUGGUCUUGCGACAGGUUGACAGCCGCCGGAUGAAAGUUUGGGGCCAGAUCGCAGAGGACCACAAGGCGUUGGGCGACUUUGUUGGGCAGCUCCAAGUCCUGGUGGACUGCAGCAGCGCCAUAGGCGCUGACGUGAGCGAGCUGAUGGAGGAGACCAAGCUGGAGCUCGAAGUGGGUGGUUCCUCAAGUUCGAGUUCGCGUUCCCGGCCUUUGGCUCUGCAUGGGGAGGAGGCGUCGGCAGCUCUCUCACUGCCACUUGGGCUGGCCGCGGAGGAGCUGCCAGAUGGCAAUAUUUCAGCAAGCUCCAACCCACAGGCCUGCACCUCUGUGCGGCUCUUCAGUGGGGUCAAUCGCAUGAAGUGCGCCUUCGGCGGAUGGAGCCCCGCACAGGAUCAGGCUUCCGAGUACCUGCAGGUUGACCUGGGCAAAGCCACCUGGGUCAGCAGCUUGGCACUACAAGGCAGAAGGCCGCUCAGCGGAGACUGGGAGGCCACACGGCCGUUACUGGCUGAGUUGUUGGAUCCCGGCGACCCGCUGCCGCCGAACAGGAUCUUCAAGAGACCGCCGGUGAGACUGAUCCAUGACAUCGUUGUGGCGGCGCACGUUCGCCAUCAGGCUUUGGCGGCCGGGAAGCCAGACUUCUCUUCAGAGCAGCUGGACUACAAGCAACUCCAGAACGCAGAUCGGCAGGCGAAGGUGGACUUCUUUGAGCUCCUCCUGGCGAAAGCCGGCCAUGCUAUGAAGGGUGCAGGACUACAGGACAAGGUUCCUGCGUUGAAAGUGAGCCCUUCUGACAUCCUUGGGGGCAAGAACACCGUAGAGAGCAACCGGCUCCUGCAGCUACUCUGCUACUUGGGCAUCAGGAAGAAGCUGGAAGGCUCAGCUGAGUCUGAGUGUGGAGCUUUACUUGAUGUCUCGGAUCAAUGGGUGACAAAGUUCACAGUCUACACAAGCGAGCAGGGCAAAGACUGGAGUCCGCUGUCGACGCAGGAAAACACGCCGUUUGUUUUUGAUGGCUGCGCCGAUGCGGAGACAGUUCGCUACGUUCCUCUGUGUACCGCGCAGCCAUCCCAAGCGGUGCGGUACUUGCGCUUCCACGCGCAAGAAUGGCAAAACCAUCCUGGUUUUCGGCUGGAGGUCUUUGGCUGGGCCGAUGGCAAAAUAAAGGUCGAAACACCGAUUCCGCAAUCUCUGAGAGACCACUCCUGCCGUUUGGAUGUGGUGCUGCGCCGUGCGAAGCUGCUGCAGCGAUGCCUGUCGCUUGCAAGCACCGCAAUGUCGGAGCGGUGGCGAGAAUUGCAGCGGGCUGAGGAGGAGAAGGCGCAACAAGCCAUGGCCGAGAGAACGCAGGUGGAGCAGCAGCUGCAGGAGACGAUGGCACAACUGGAGGAAAUGAGAAAGGCUUACAACCUGCUUCAAGAGCAGGUCUCGCACAGCGAGCAGAAGCUGGCGGAUGCCGAGGCGGAGAAGCUUCGCAUGGGCGUGGAACAGGACAGCACCCAGUCGCACCUGCAGUCUCUCGAGGAGAAGCUCGCACAAGCGCUUGAAGAAAGCCAGCAAGAAAGAGACAAGGUCAGAGACUUGGAGUCCAAAGCGGAAGAGAUGAAGAGCAGCAACGAGGACCUCCAGCAGCAGAUCGGUGUCCUGACCGAGGAGCGCGAUCUGGCUCGCGCCAGGGAGGAGAUGCUGUUUGACACCCUUGCGGCCAAGGAAGAGGAGCUCUUGAACACGAACGAAGGCUACUGCUACCUUACGGACCAGCUAAAUGAGCUCAAAGACGAACACGCAGAGAAGGUUGACGAGUGCCACCGCACCAUCGAGAGCUUGAACGAAGAGAAGAGGAAGCUGCUUGCUGAGGGUCUGCAGCUGAGGCAGGACCUGGGAGACGCAAAGCGGCGGGCUGCAGAGGCUGAGAAGGCUGUUCAGCGCGCCGAGGCUGGUCUGCCUGUGAGCUUCCGUGUAGACAAGAGC